UGAACACCUGGUAUCAUGAUCAUCGAUCAUCGGGUUUGGCCAGCUCCGAGUCAUCCAUAAGAGAUAACAAAGUGCAUGCUCUGGGCGCAAAACACAUCCUUCCAAGUUACCUCUCCAACGAACGCAGAUGGAGUACUCGGCUGACGAUAUCGCAGCGGCCAGGAUUCUGCAGUAUUUAGCGUACAUAUGCACGUCACUGAUUGUAUUCUGGACCUAUGAUUAUAUUUGUUCACUUCACGAUGAGUGGACAUUCCUGCUUCGGUCGCGGUGGUCCAACGUGAAAUGCCUCUAUAUCAUUGCACGAUAUAUACCCUUUUUCCUCAUCGCCGCAGACACACGUCUGACCUUGACCCCGAAUGAGAACUCCAUGGCCUGCAAGAUUCUCAUCAGUAUUUACUCAUGUUUUGCAGUGAUAUCCCUCACUUGCUCUGAAUGCUUUUUUGUGCUCAGAACAUAUGCGCUCUGGAGCAACAAUAGAAUCGUACUCGUAGCCAUGUUGUCGACCCUUUUUGCUGUCAUCGUAUCGUUCAUCGGCAUUUGGUUUAGUGCUAUUGCCAAGUCUCAAUAUUUUUCGACUAGCGCCAUCUCAGGCAUUCCAGGCAUCACAGGCUGCUACCGGACCUCGAGCAGUGUCCAAUUGUACCUGCCGUUUAUUCUCUUGUUUGUGUUUCAACUGGGACUGGUCUCCCUCACACUCAUCCGUGCAAUACGGAACUGGCGGUCGACAAGAUAUCCUCUCUAUGCUACCCUAGUGAAGCAUAAUAUAUUCUACUAUGCAUGCGGUCUGCUUUUCUCGGCCUUGAACGUCCUUGUACCAGUGAUAUUUCCCGAUUCCCCAUACCACUCCUUCCUCGAAGAUUUCGAGGUCUUUAUCCUUGCAAUCCUCGCCACGCGGAUGCACCUCCGUCUUUGGCAUAUCGACAAUACCAAGCACGACGGUGAUGCGCUCUUGUACAUUUCCAUGUCGGACAUGUCACCUGGAGCCUGAGACCGUACGGUGUGACGUCUUAUCGCGUGGCUUAUUCGGUGUUGUGAAGUUUGGACUGUGAGAUGACUGGUUUGGGUGGCUUGGCAUGAUGGAUACCUUAAUAUCGCAGAACUCGCACUAUAAAUCUGUUUG